UCACUUAGUACACAGUUGCUCGGCUAAAAAACAAUUAUGCAAAAGUCUAAAAUGACUUGGAUCGUCAUCUUGUUUUACUUGCAAUACAAAUUUUGGGGAAUCCAUGCAGAUUACACUGCGGCGGUCGUCGAAUAUUUCCCAGAACAAGACCGACAUUUGUCACCAGAAGAAAGGUUGAGCAAAAACAUCAACGGAUAUAUACAGAUUUUGGACCAAUUGAACCGGACAUCGAAAUUAGACAUAGUCGUUUAUCCAGAGGCGACACUAUCGGAAAAUGCUCUUGUUCUUAAGCACGCCGACUUACUACCGUACACAGUUGAGGUCGCCGUAAAUGACACCUCACUAUGCCACGGUCCGACUACAACCUUCCUCACCUCUCUUUCCUGUGCUGCCAUUAACUACCAAACGUACAUUGCUCUGAACUUGUACGAAAGAACUCCCUGCAGUGGAAAAGAGUGCCCCGCGGAUGGUUGGAGCUUUUACAACACCGACGUUGUGCUAAACAGAAAGGGGGCCAUCAUCUCGAAGUACCGCAAGUACAACUUGUUCGGCGAAAUCUUCAUGACCCGCCCCGAAAAGCCGGACAUCUCAAUUUUCCGCACAGACUUCAACGAAACCUUCGCGACCUUCAUCUGUUUCGACAUUAUGUUUCGCAAACCAUCGUUGGAUCUAGUAACGCAGUACGGCGUGAAAUCUAUCCUCUUCUCCUCAAUGUGGUUUUCUGAAAUGCCCUUCCUGACGGCGCUCCAGACGCAACAGCAUUGGGCGUACGCCACAAACUCCACCCUCCUGGCAUCUGGUGCAAACGAUCGACAAAAAGGUAGCGGAGGUAGCGGAAUUUACCAAGGCGCCGCAGGCCCAUUGGUCUUCGCCAUAGUGGGAGCUGACGCGUCCAAGGGACUGGUCGCCAAAGUUCCCGGUGCCGCGGCGAGAUCGAAGGAUACGCGCGCCGUCGAUCGAAAAGCAAAAGAAAUGGACGAAUUUCGCAUCUUGUCCGACAAUCUCAAACCUUACACGUCGAAGUUGGUGCUGCGAGGUAACAACAACGUAGAUACCAGCGUGUGCAGUGGCGCCAAUGAGACCCAUCAGUUUUGUUGCCACUUUCAACUAGAGCUCGAAUGGCAGGCGAAGCCGGUGAACGACGACAAAAAACACUACCAAUACCAUAUGGUGGCUUUCAGUGGGACGCGAACAUUCGCGAGGGUCUCUAACGGAGGCAUCGAAGUUUGCGCGGUCGUUGCGUGUCUUAACGACUCAUUGAGUUCAUGUGGCAAACGUUUUCGAGACUAUAACACCGUUUCGUGGCCGACAACUUUCAAGAAAAUCGUCAUAGAGGCGGAGUUCGAUGAGGACCCUAACAAGUUCCAGUUCCCGAACUCUCUGCUCAGUAACAUAGAACCGAUCCACGUUGACGACUUUGAGUGGAGAAGUAUACUGGGUAAUAAACGUGUUCGUCGAACGUAUCUCUUAAAGAAACCUCAAAAUCGUCUGAUGACUUUUGGUAUUUACGGAAGAGAUUUUAAUCGCGAUUCUCUUGCCUAACAUUCUGUACCUAUAUCUGUAAGAGAACGCUUGUGACAGUUGCGUCAAUUACAUUUUUAAUUAAUU